CAAGUUAUUUGACCCUGAACUUAAAACCCAAUUCCUUUUCUCCUUCCCUACCGUCAGUUCGCAGCUCAGCCUCAGCUCGCUCCUCAACCUCGCCGUCCACGGCGGAGCCAAAGCUCCGGUCUUUAGCCUUUUGAAUCGUUCCGCGCCGUGAGAAAUUCCAUAGAAACCUCGAACUGGUUCUUCAGGAGGAAUUCGUUCUUCGAGUUGCGGAGAUGAAAGGAGGUCGGAAGAAUCUGCAGUGGGCUGCGGAGGAACGAGAGAUUACUCUGCAAGAUGGGCAAAGUAUCGUGCAAGCUGUUUCCCACCGGGGUUCCAAUCUCGUCGAGGUGAUGGAUGCGCAAGGCAACAAACUUCUGGCGCUAAUCCCAGCUAAAAUCCAAAAGAAAUAUUGGAUUGGACGAGGGACAUUUGUUGUGGUUGAUGACAGUGGCAAGGAAAAGGCACUUGAAUCAGGUAGCAAAGUGGGAUGUAUUGUUUCUCGAGUUCUGUUCUAUGAGCAAGUGCGUGAGCUAAAGAAGUCUCCAGAUUGGCCUGAAGCUUUCAAAUCCUCUAUGGACUCAUCGAGUGAGAAGGCGCUUGCAGUUAACAACUCUAGCAAACAAACGAAUGAUCCCAACUCAAACAAUGGUGAUAACGAUAAUGAUGACGAAGAAGAGGAGGAGGAGGAGGAGGAUGGACUCCCACCAUUAGAGCCAAAUACUAAUAGGUUAGGACCGCCAGAGUUGCAGCACAAAGAUUCAGAUUCUGAUUCGGGUUCCGAUUCAGAUUCGGCUUCUUGACAUAUUUACCUCAGCCCACGUGGGCGCACUGCCAGGACGGAAGUCAUUUCCGUUACGUCGUGACAUGGACGAAACAUUUGAUAUUUUGCUGGUGGAGCUGUCCAGGAUUCUCAAAAUUCUGCAGACACAAUUAGAUACCGCAGUUGAGGGUUCUCUCCUUGUGGAGCUUGUAAUGGGGCCUUUGGCAGCCAUUAAUCUUGUUUAUGUUGGGCAUAAUUCAGCCAUUUAUAUACAGUUAAAAUGCAAAUACUGCAUUCCUGGCUGCUCAAGAUGAUAAUCUUGUGGCCCGUAUCAUUGUCCAAA